GUUUACUGAGGAGGAUGUAACGUUAGCUGCGGUCGGUCAUGGCUCCCAGACCGCGUAUCCCAGUGCAAUAGUAAAGAAAUACAUUGUCUCUGUUUAUAACAGAGAAGUGCAUUUUUAGGAUACAUAUGUUUACAAUUUCAGUUUAAACCCGAAUUUUAUCUCAUUUAUAUUCGAGCGGGCUAUGGAUGUGCAGGUUGCAAACCAUUGCAGCAUCACCUCUGCAGCAAAGGCGAGCAUCGCGCAGAAUGCCGCUGAAUGCGGGAUCGCCAACACAGCAAAGAAGAAAUCCCGCUCCAGGAGAGGCAGGAGAGGCAAGCGACGGAGGGGCAAGAAGGCCAACGAGCCUCCGCCGUUUCUACCACCGGAGGCUGAAGAGGGAAACAUUGAAUACAAGCUGAAGCUGGUAAACCCCACACAGUAUCGGUUCGAACACUUGGCCACGCAGUUGAAGUGGCGCCUGCAGGAGGGCCGCGGGGAGGCCGUGUAUCAGAUUGGGGUGGAGGAUAACGGUCUGCUGGUUGGACUCACAGAAGAAGAUAUGAAAGCUUCACUCAAGACACUUCGCAGAAUGGCUGAGAAGGUUGGAGCCGAUAUCACGCUCCUUAGAGAGAGGGAGGUGGACUGCGAUAGAGCGCGACGGAAAAUCGCUGAAGUUCUUGUGCGGAAAGUUCCAGAUGACCAGCAGUUCCUGGAUCUCCGUGUGGCUGUUCUGGGUAACGUGGACUCAGGGAAGUCAACUCUGCUGGGGGUGCUGACUCAGGGCGAGCUGGAUAACGGACGGGGCAGGGCCAGACUCAACCUCUUCAGACACCUGCAUGAGAUUCAAACCGGACGGACGUCCAGCAUCAGUUUUGAGAUCCUGGGGUUUAACAGCAAAGGAGAGGUUGUAAACUACAGUGACUCCCGUACAGCAGAGGAGAUCUGUGAGAGCUCUUCUAAGAUGAUCACUUUUAUUGACCUGGCUGGUCAUUAUAAGUACUUGAAGACCACUAUAUUUGGCCUGACAAGCUACUGCCCAGACUUUGCCAUGCUGGUGGUGGGAGCCAAUACUGGCAUUGCUGGCACAACUAGAGAGCAUCUGGGUCUGGCGAUGGCACUGAAGGUGCCCAUAUUCAUUGUGGUGAGUAAGGUGGACCUCUGCGGUAAAAGCACAGUGGAGAAAACGGUUCGUCAGUUGGAGAGAGUGCUCAAACAGCCUGGCUGCAACAAAGUCCCAAUGGUGGUGUCCAACCCUGAUGAUGCCGUCACGGCUGCACAGCAGUUUGCACAAUCCUCCAGUGUGACGCCCAUCUUCACCCUCUCCAGUGUGUCUGGGGAGAAUCUGGACCUUCUGAAGGUCUUUUUCAACAUUCUUCCUCCUCUGAGCAACAGCAAGGAGCAAGAGGAGCUCAUGCAGCAGCUCACGGAGUUCCAGGUGGAUGAGAUUUACAGUGUUCCUGAUGUAGGAACAGUAGUUGGUGGAACACUGUACAGUGGUGUGUGUCGUGAAGGAGACCGGCUGGUUGUGGGUCCCACCGAUGAUGGGCGGUUCCUGAGGUUGAAGGUGUGCAGUAUCCACAGGAAUCGUUCUGGCUGCCGCGUGCUAAGAGCCGGACAGGCCGCCACACUUGCACUUGGGAACUUUGAUCGCUCAUUACUACGAAAGGGCAUGGUCAUGGUGAGUCCCAAAAUGAACCCUACAAUUUGCUGGCAGUUUGAGGCCGCUAUAGUCCUCCUGUUCCACGCCAAGACUUUCCGCCGUGGUUUCCAAGUCACAGUGCACGUGGGGAAUGUAAGGCAGACCGCCACGGUGGAGUGUCUGCUUGGAAAGGAGGAGCUGCGGACAGGCGAGAGAGCCGUAGUGUGUUUCAGAUUCUUAAAGCACCCUGAGUACUUGCGCGUGGGAGCCAAGUUGCUCUUCAGAGAGGGGGUGACCAAAGGCAUUGGACACGUGACGCACCUCCUACCCUCCACCCAGAACCACGUGCCUGAUCAGAACCGCAACCAGAACCACAGUUAGACACAUCGCGAGUGACACCAUUAAUCAAAAGAGGACAUUUGAUUGCAUCUGCAGUCGUUUCCUGUCCUUGCCUUGAGUUUGCAUCCCCUAGUUCAAUCGUGCACCUUUCAUUUCCACUCUGUAGAUUUGCCUAUAAUAAUUGCAGAUUUGCUCGUGUGUAAAUGCUCUUGGCUCCUGUGACAUUUGAACUGUUGAUUAGAGUAUAUAUCUGCUGGGUGUAAUGGAACUCGGAAACCUCUCCUAUUUUUGCACACAUGCGUGUUUGACAUCUCAAGUUAAAGCUGUCUGACCUUGAGUGAAGCAUUUGGGAGUCGCUAUGUUGGGUAUCUGGUGCAGAUUUCUGCAGGAGCUCCUGCCUGCAGACUGCAUUAUAGAUAUGAGAACAAAAUCAUAGCAUUGGAAAAUAAUUUUUUUCAGCUGUACUUAUGUCUUGAGGUCCUCAGUGAUAUUAAAUACAUGACAUUACCCCAGGAGAUCUGACAACACUUUAGGUCUUCAACCUUGUUCCUGCAGACCAGGGGUCCUCAACUCUGGACCUCGAGAUCCACUUUCCUGCAGAGUUUAGCUCCAACCCUAACCAAACACGCCUGAACAAGCUAAUCAAGGUCUUCAAGAUUACUACAAAGUUGCAGGUAGGUGUGUUUAAUCCAGGUUGAUGCUAAUCUCUGCAGGAAAGUGGAUCUCGAGGUUCAGAGUCAAGGAUCCCUGCUGUAGACCCACUGUCCUGCCAAGUUUAGCUAAUGUACAACCCUAAUCACAUACAGCUGGACCAGCUAAUCAAGGUCUUCAGGGUCACUUGAAAAAUCACAGGCCAGGUGUGCUGAAUCAGGUUGGAAAUUAAAUUUGAAGGACAGUGCAGUCCAAGAGCAGGGUUAAAGGCCUACUGUAGGUCUUAAACUCAAAGUAUACUUAAAUUUGGCACGACAGCUGAGUGUUUGCAUAUAGCUGAAUACAUAGCUUUUCAAAGCAUACUCCAUUUGAUGGCCAGUUAGUGUAAGAAAAAUUAAAGCCGCAUAUGUGAUUUGAGUGUACGGCAUGUAUGGCUCAGUGGUAGAGCAUUGCGUUAGCAGCGCAAAAGGUCAUAGGUUCAAUUCCCAGGGAACACACAUACUGGUAAAAAAAAAUUAAAUGUAUAGCCUGAAUGCACUGUAAGUUGUUUUGGAUAAAAGCGUCUGCUAAAUGCAUAAAUGUAAACGGUGACGAAAUUUACGUCUGCACGCCCCAGUUUACACAUAAUAAUCCAAGCUGAGCUAACCACUGUAUGAUUUCUACAGUCCUUUACGAUCGUUGCUUGUCAGUUUGUAUGAUAUACGUUGUAUCUAUGAUUUGUCAGAAAGGCUAUUAGUCAGAAUAUGUGAACAUGAUACAUAAAGCGAAAUUGUCUUGAAUGGAAAAACUGUAGCUGAAAUCAUACAGUAAUGCGAGGCUGGCUGUAGUCACAAAUGGAAACAAGAUUGUGAUGGACAAAAAGUAUAUUCCAUUUAACACGUUGUAGUUUUACAGUUGUUCCAUUAUGACUGAACGAAAUUGAAAUUUCAAAAGUUGAAAAUGGUGAACGAAAAAUGGGCGUAACAUGUUAAUGAAACUUAAAAUGCCAGAUUUUAAUUUAAAUGAAUCCGACAAUCCCAAAAUUGUUUUGCAAAAGAUUUACACAUCAAUUUUAAGGUUCAUGAAUAAAUGAACACAGUCUUGUUUUUGUUCACUUGAUGUUGUACCAUUUCAGUACAUUUGUUGGUGUGAUUGAAUAUCGCCCCCUAUCUUCAGGACAGAAGAGGUAACCGAAAGGGAAUUUUUGGAGCUCUAGGGUUGUAGGAACAGUCAGGCAUGAUUGUUUUUUCCACUAGCUGGAUUACAUUGUGCCUAAUUCUAAAUGUAUUCACAGAUGACAAAAACAAAAUUGUGCAUAUUGCACAGUUGUUUGUUAGCAAAUAAGGUUUAGGUCAUAUUUUAUGGCUUACAGGAUUAACUGGGUUAAACUUAUGGCAGCUUUGUGUGAUGGGCAUUUGUCUUGAGCAUGCACAGGAACCCAGAUAACCAUUGUGUUGUGUGUCUCAUUCACUCCUUUCAAGAUAUUGUGCAAUUGCAAAAAUAUUGAAUGUACUGCUAAUGUAUAAAAGCUCAUUUCAUUUAACAGUAUUAAACAGUGAGCGUCAGUAAUGAAGCUUGAGCAGAACGCAUUUACAAGUGUAAAUAAUUUGUAAAACCUUGUUUUUACAUUAGAAAUUCAUUCUGCUUUUGUUUUAUAAAUGAGGCCCAAUUGCUUUCAUAACUUCCGCUGUUGGUUAACAGUGCAUGUUGUGCUUACACAAAUAACAAUUAAUAUUGUCUGAUGUGCAGCUGGUGUGCUUUAUUACAUUUGAGAUGUAUCUUCAUUUCAUGCACUUCUGCAAAAAGGCUUCAAAAACCUAGAAACCAGACUAGUUAUCUAUUGCUUUGCUAUUAGUUCCGAUGUAAUAAAGAAUCACAUGGUUUAUUGAGGAAA